CCUCCCGCCGCCGUGGCUCGCCAGCCGACACUCCUCCCGUAUAAACUCUCCGCUUCGCCGCAUACCUCCUCAGAUCACAACCCGCUGCCACCACUACUCAUCCUCCUCACCCACGCGCUUAAUCUUUCUUGCUUCCAUCAAGAGACCCACAGAGAACCGAGCAGAGUUAGCCAGCCAAGAACCUGUCAGCGCCCAUGUCCGUGCAGGUAGCGGCGCUGGGAACGACGGCGGAUAAUACGAUGGCGACGACGGCUUUGUCGUACGUGGAAUACAUGGCGCGCUGGGAGCGGCAGGUGGAGCGGCGGCAGCUGUUCCUCCGGAGCUACCACUUCUCCCGCGACGCCGACGUCUCGCCGCGCGCGCGCACGCGCCGCGUCGUCUGGGCCGGGGCGCGACGCCUGCGCCGCGCCGCCGCCAAGGGGCUCCGUCGCCUCCGGGCGCGCAUCCGCCUCUGCUUCGGCUGGGUCGCGCCCGCGCUCCGCCGCCGCGGCUCCCCUCGCCGGGCCGGCCACGGGUUCCGCUACGGCCGCAUCCCCCGGGCCACGAAGGCCGCCAACGCGGCGUCCGUCUGCUUCUGGUAG